AUGAGUGGUGCCAAGCAACGGUUAAUGUCUGAGCUGAAUGCUCUGCAAAAAGAGAAAUGGCUGAACAUUGAGGCCGAUGACCUCUUCCGGUGGCGUGUCAGUCUGAUGAUCAUCAACCCGGAUAGCGACUUCUACGGUGGCUAUUUCAAUGGCGAGAUCCGCUUCUCGACCGACUACCCAUACAAACCCCCCGUCUUCCGCUUCACGCCGACUAUCUUCCACCCCAACGUGUAUCCCGACGGCCGCCUUUGUAUCUCCAUCCUCCACAACCCCGGAGACGACAUCAUGUCCGGGGAGCAGGCCGGCGAGCGCUGGUCACCGCUCCAAGGCGUCGAGUCUGUCAUGCUCUCCAUCUUGCUGUUGCUGGACAACCCCGAGAUCAACUCGCCCGCCAACGUCGACGCCAGCGUCUUGUACCGUGACCAGUACGCCCAGUACCGUGUGCGUGCGGCUGCGGCUGUCGAGCGGUCCAAGCGUGAUAUCCCCGACGGCUUCGUUAUGCCCACCACCUUUGUCGAGGAGCCGCCGGCCAAGAAACAGGACAACGACGACGCCUUCUGGGCCGAGAGCGACGACGAGGAGCUGGACUUUGGCAGCGACAGCGACGAGGAGGUUGGACCGGACGACGACGAUGACGACGACAGGGAAGAUGAGAGUGAAGACGACCACACGGACUAA